UAAAGGAACGAACCAAAUUUAAUAUUUUAAUCUAUUAACAAAAACAGAAAAUAAAAAUCUCGAUUUCGAAUAUUUUAGUGCGCACCACUGAAUUUGUGAGCUUCCACUACUACCGUAGAAGAAGAAGAAGAAGCAUCACAGACACAGCAUAAGCAUCAAGUUGUUGUUGUUGUUAUUCUUCUUCUUCCAUGACUGCUACAAAUACUAAAGCCAUGACUCAUAGCUAACUCUUGUUCACGCUCGAAUCCUCACCUCAUCAAUCUUCGUAGGAAGAACGCACACGUGUGCGUGUGCACGUUCAUAGCGAAUGGAGGAGCUGACUUUUGUGUCGAAAGCGAGGACCGCCUUCCAUUCCGCGGCGGCGAAAGCGGAGCGCGUUCUCUUGGAUUUCAAAUCCGAUCGAGAUCACGACAAGCAAUCGCCUAAUAGCUUCGCACGGCAAUCACCGGAGGCUGAAUCUCACAACAACGAAAACGAGUCCAAGCAUCGCAGUGAAUUGAAGCAUAUAAAGUGGAGGCCUCCACAUAUAGGAAUAAAGCCAGAUUGGCAAGAUAGAAUAAAGAACAUUCGGAGAGGGAGAAAAGAAGUUGAAGAUACAGAUAAAGUUGGGGAUCCGAACAUGGCGGUUCCAUUUUAUGAUGAAAAUUUGUACAUAUUGAAUGUGAAGAAUGAUAUUGAGGCCAAGGCUUCAGAAACAAUUCCCUCAGUUGAAGGCCUAACUGCUGCGACAAAAGAUCCCAUUCCUUCAUCAUCAGUGCUGAAGCAAUUGGCUAUAGCUUUUGAGGCUGGAAGUAGAGCGAAAUCAAUGAAAGAAUUUAUAGCUUCAUCAGGAGGUUCUUCACCUGCUAAAGAGAGGGCUGGCUUAAGUCUCUCUGCAGUUAAGGCUUUAGUAAUACGUGAAAAGGAGGACAAAAUUACCUCUGAGUUCGCUGACAAUGAGAAAGUUUUGCAUUUAAUUAAUUCUCUGUUUGAUUCAGAGGGAGAUUUCCUGAGCAGAAAUAUCAACUCUAAGCUUGACAAAACAGCCAUGACAUCUUUUCCGAGAGAUAUUCAUGGUGCUCCUCCUGAAAGCCUUGUUGUUAAGCUAGCUGAAAUCCUUGGAAACUACAAGUCUGUCCAAAAAAUGGCUAUUUUCUGGUGCAGGGUUGUUGCUGAACUUAGAAAACGUUGGUCUGAGGAACAAUAUUUACCGGGAGUCCCCCAGAAUGAGAUUCCUGAUCUGAAGUCAUGUCUUCUGUAUCAACAAUUACAAGUAAUUAAUUGCUGCAUCUCUCGGAAAAGGCUCCGUAAUAUUGCCACUGAAUCUCUAGACUCUAUGUUGAUGCAAGCUAAUUCAGCCAUAAAAGAAUCAACUGAUUCUAACGCUGGAGCUCCUGCAAGCGCUGUUCUAUAUGCUAGAUUAAAUAGUGGGGAGCUUGUUCUUCGACUUGGUGCAGAUCGCCUAGCUGGAGAUAUGACAUUGUUGGAAACUGGCGAGCCUGUGUAUUCUCCAGUCACCCAGGAAGGACCUUUGCUUACAGAAGAUCUAAUCAGGGAAACAGAGGAGUUUGUCCUGCGGACAGGGAGUGUUGGCGCUGGGUGCUCUCAACUGCUCUCAGAUAUGCAGGCUUUCAAGGCUGCAAAUCCUGGAUGUAUUUUGGAGGAUUUUGUAAGAUGGCACUCUCCUCCUGAUUGGACAGAUAAUGAGGCAUGUGUUGAGGAUAGUGAUGUUUUUGAUAAUGGUGAGUCGUUGUCUGCCAGAGGUCAACUAAGUCGGCGAAUGCAAAAAGAAGGUAAUUUGUGGCGUGAACUCUGGGAAACAUCUAAACCAGUACCUGCUGUUAAGCAGGCACCUCUAUUUGAUGAGGAUUUGGCAGUGGAGGGCAUCCUCAGUGCAUUUGAGGACAUCCAUCCUUCUGAUCUUUUUGGACAGCUGUUUAUGUCUUUACUGGGUUUAGGAUUUGCAAUUGCCGAACCUACGCUGUCUAGUAACAGUGACUUCUCGAAGUUAUUCUAUGACUGCAAGGAGUACAUAAUUAUCGGUUGUCAAUGCAACGACAAGUUGAAUGAGAAAGUUGAUGAUCUUGUCCAGGUAUAUGAAACAGUGGAGAAAAUGUUAUUGUAUCCUGAAGAAGCACUAAAGAUGAUUAAGCAGACAGAAGAAUCAACUACGAUUACUGAUGAACCAAAGAGCCCGUUUAAGAGACUUAGCCUUAUCUUUGGCGGCAAAGAUAAACUAUUGAGAAAGUCUGUCACAAAAGAUCAGAUAAACGAUGAAGAAAAACAAGGUCGGCAUUCUUUUUCAAGUUUCUUUGACAGCAAAUCAUCUUUGUUCUCAAAGAAGCUUCCCAAGUCUGGAACCCCAUCCCCUUCUAAUAAAACUUCUCACGAAACUGGUUGGACAGUUGUUUAGACAAAUUUCAUCUUCACCGUGUUUAUUGAGGAAUCAGGAUAAUCAAUGUUUUUUUGGGUUCCCCUCCCACUGCAGAUAAUUGUAAAUUUUCCUUAUUCUUUUUCCGAAUACUCAUUGUGGAAAUCUGUAUAAAUUUUAAUUAAUACCUCAUUUUUUUUAAUUAGAGUGAAUUGAAGAUAUAGCUUUUGGGCC